UCCGUCUAGCUUCACUGUGGGGAAACUUUUCUCCAGAGAGCGCUCCUCCUCUCCACGCUGCAGACCUGCAGCCUCUCCGGCGGGAUACUUUUUCAAGAAGCAGCCGCCUCAUGAACUAAUCCUCCGCCUCACUUUUUCUUCACUAAGAGUUCGGCUCUCGUUGUUCCAGCUUUGGGCUGAUUAUCUGGGAGCACUCAGGAGGAUUAACAGCGUGGACAGAGGAGGGAUGGAGCCGUCCCGUUAAAGUUGAAAUUACGACAAGCUGAGUGUGUCUGUCUGUCUGUCUGUCUGCGGGCAGAGCGGCUCCUCCGGUGCUCUUACCGCGCUGAGCGAGCGGCUGUCCCCGCCUCUGAGGCCAUGGGCUGCGGCUUGCGGAAACUGGAAGACCCGGAGGAUAGCAGCCCCGGGAAGAUCUACUCCACCUUGAAGAGACCACAAGUGGAGACCAAAACAGAAACUGUGUACGAGUAUGUGCUGCUCGACUUCAGUUUGGAAGGUAGCCGUCCCACAGUGCAGUAUGUGGCUUCACUGUCCGAGCUGCCCCAAGCCCUGCAGCCCUACUACACACAAGGCUACGUCCUGGCAGCCCUGCAUCCCAUCAUCCUCUCUGUGGGACGAACCCGCUCACUGCCCUUCAGCCUGCUCUACCGCGCCAUCCUGGCCCGUCCCAGACCCAGUAAGCAGACGGCGUCCAUGUGUCACAGUGUGCCGAUGUUGAGGGUGGAGGAGUGGCCGUUACCUGGAGAGUCACUGACUGGUGACACUGUCAGAGCGCUCAUCGACAGGGUGAACAGCAGCGCCCGUGGGGGCGUUCGAUUCGUUGGCUCGGUCCUCCAGCAGGUGAGUGGGAUCACCAAUGGCAGGGUGCACAGUCCGAAGAGGGGCUGUCGCUCCCCUCCACAAACCCCUCCCCGCACCCCACCUGGAGACAGAGAGCUGGAGGAGAACACCUACAGCCCCGACCUGAGGUUGCUGGUCUUCUUCCACUCCUGGGCUCCGGGCUGCGCUCCUCUGGACUCGUUGGCCUGUCAGUACCAUCAGGGGGCGCUCUCCAUGCGUGUCUCCAGGAAGGGUCAGGUGGUCAGUGCCCUGGAGGCCGACUGGCUGGAGCUGACUGCCGCCUACUACCGCAAAGGCUGGUCGCUGGUGGACUCCUUUGUGUACUGGGACACUCCUAGAGGCGAGCCGGUGCCCAGGUCGCUGGAGGGAUUGUUUGUGUAUGAAGAGAGAAGCACCUCUCCUCCUGCCAACGACACCAUCGUGGUAGAGCAGUGGACCGUCAUCGAGGGCUCCAAUGUAAAAACAGACUACGGGCCCCUCCUUCACACUCUGGCUGAGUUUGGAUGGCUGCUCACGUGUGUGCUGCCCACGCCCAUCAUCCGACACGACAGUGAUGGUAACCUGGCCACCAAGCAGGUUGUGUUUCUCCAGAGGCCUGUCAGAGGUCAGGCAGCGGCUCAACCGAGGAACCAGGCUCUGUCUGUGCACAGUGACGUAUCCAGUCGCUCUGUAAGUCGUGCGGUCAGCAGCCCCGUCCCUCCAGAGGAGCUCUCUCCCGCUGCCGGAGGCAUCGGAGGCUUCCCAGUGUUCGGAGGGGGGUACCCCAGCGCCCUGUCCCACCUGGAAGAAGGUGGCUUCGAGCAGGAAGAGGGGAAGGCUGAGGUCACCUGUAUGUAAGCAGGAAUACGGACGGAUGCAGCUUUCUCUCAGGACUGAAGUUCAGGAUGUAAACAUUGUUAGAAUACUGGGGAGAGUAUCGCUGCCCCGUGUGUCACUCGUCUCAGCGGGACCGCAGACUUUAUCAUUCGCCAUCAUGUUCACGACCUCUUUCUUUUUUUUUAACAGAGACUUUAAUGUAGAAGAACUCAGCACUUUUUCAUGUUUUUAAUGAAGCCAUAACGAGAAUGAGGUAUUAUUUACAAGCAGAUAUGUGUUCAAACUUUUAUAUAGAUGUGUUGGGGAGAGAAACAAGUCCACGGCGGACACUUUACACAUAUUUAAAUCCAUUUUUAGGUGAUUGCCAACUUUUCAUCAGUACAGGUGCUAAUGGGAAAUUGUUACAGCAAUAUAAAGCACAAGCACACAUUUCUGCACAUUAUGGGAACAACACUGGUGAUAUAAUUAUAUUUGAAUCACCCAUGCUAAAAUUUAGAUUUACUCACAGCUUUACACAUUUCUUUUUUUUGUCAUAAGAAAAGUUACCCUCAUAUCUCAAGCCUUUUCUUUGACCCUCAAAGAUGUUCCUACACAUUUUUGAUCACCUUCAGUCGGUGCUUUGUCCUCGCAGAUCUUCCUCUCGUCUGUAGACCGAGGUAGGACGUGAAUAUUUAUCAGGGAGACUGUCACCGUUAUCCUGUGUACAUUGGUACUGACAAUACGCAGGUUGACAUCUGAUACAGUGUGUUAACCCCGCUGGCCUGAGUGAAGGUGCUGGCUGCCCUGAAGAGUACAUUUGUACAGAUACGUUAAUCCUCUGUGUGGAGGAUGUUUUAGAGUUCUCUGGAAUCGCAGCACGGUGCUGUAAACUGAAGAUGUGUCAUUUUCAUUUAUCGUUUUAAAACAUAUUAAUGCAACUGAGUUCAAGCCUCCUAAUAUUUAGUCUGAUUGGCGCCAUAUGGUGAUCAUUCUGGAAAUGAUUAUGGCUUAUCAUGCACAUGUUUGACAGUAUUUAAUAUUUGAUCAGUCAUUGUAUGAGUGUACAUGUCAAAACUGCAAAAUUGCUGCUCAGUGUUUCAUUGCUUAUAUGGUACUGGCAACCCGCCUGUGAUGGAUACAUUGUUUUAUUGAAAAGAUGACGACAGUAUUUUAUAAUGCAAAGAAAGGGAAACAGUGCUGUUUGUUUUUAGAUGGUAGUAUUUGGAAUUGUAAAGCUGGGUUUCAACUAUUUGUUAUGCAUGUAAACAUUCUGCUUUUGGGGGAAAAUCGAAUGUACCGCAAAUAUAAUUUAGGUAUUCCAGUGUUUCUGAGUCCUACAUGUUUUAAAUGUAUGUAUUUAGCUCCACAGACGCCCCCAUCAGGGUUUACUAAAUGUCAGUAUUAAUAUUCCAAUCUUUCCUUUUUGGAGAGUUGUACAAUUGGAUUCCUUUCUCAUUGGUGUUUUUUAUCGUAUUAAACACUUAUUUCCCAUCGGUUUCUGAGUCAUUAACAGUGUCUUCUACAGAGUUCGUUACCGGUAUGACUCAUUGCAAGUGUUUGUGUGAAAUGCUGCCACAUCACUAAUAUGAACACACGAGCACCUGAAUAAUAGGUCUUUUUUAUUAACAGACAUCAUGAAAAUGUCAACAGUAACAAAAUUUUUUAGUCCAUUUAAAAAAAAAAAAAGUGGGUUGGAUUGACAAGACUCCUCCCACAUAAUAACUUAAUGAGGGAGAGGGUAAAAGGAGGGAGGUUGUGCUCCGAUAAGUAAAUGUAACCAAUAUUCCAUCUUUCUGUGCCUAAUUUACUCACCGAAUGAUUAAAGCAGUAAAAUCUGGCUUUCAGCAACGCAGUUUCUGCCCAUUAAAUCAUGCUUUUUAGUUACUAUAAUGUCAAGGAAGUGGAAUAUCGGACACAUUUUACACAGUAUUAAAAUGGGGGCAUGUCACAAAGCAGGAUCAGAGUUAGCCAACAAGCCUUCCUAAAUACUCUGAGACAUCAUUUCAGAGGCCGAAGAGAAAGAAUAUCUGACUGCGAGUACACUAAAGCUAGAGAUUAAGUUUUUCUUUGUUCACUACCACACAAGCCACACCUACAUUGUGUUUUAAUAGCAUUAUUAAGUCAGCAGGCUAAUUUAGUGAUCCAUAUCAUGGGACACCCCCCAAAAAACAGACUGGUAGGCAACACAAGCAAAUAGAGAACAGAAGCAGACACAAAAAAAGUGAAGCACCAUCAGAGAACAUGAUAGUGAAUUAAAAGAGAGAUAGAGAGAGGGGGGGGUGGGGAGUGGGGGUUAUUUACAGAGGGGGGGGGGGGUGGCUGUCAGUGUGUGCCUUUGUCAACAAUACAGGUCACCAUGAGUACAUAGGGGUUUUUGCAAAUCCAGCUGCUCCAAAGAUAAAAGAAAAAAGGUUCCCUAAAGGAGUAGUGUGAGAGCACGGCUGUGUCCAGAAACACACUUCUGAGGCUGUGUGAAUCUGAACGGACAGAGAGGAUGUAAAUAGGAUAGAAAAUGUCAUCUUUGUCCUGCAGGCAUGGCUGAACUCUGCUCUCAGUAAUCUUUACCCUUACUUCCUUUCAGAUA